AAAACUUAUAUUAACACUAAUAAGUACUACUUUCUCUCCUCCUCCUCCUCCUCCUCCUCCUCCUCCUCCUCCUCCUUAAUUCUUCUAAAAUAAUUCUUUCCAAUGGCUCUGAGAUGUUCAUGUCCUCAAAUUAUAGCUCAAAGAAGUUCAUUGAUGCAUAAAAAGUCACUUAACAAGGUGUUUAUGGGGCACAAGAGUACUCAACUUUCAACAAACAUCAAAUCAUCUAAACUUCAAAUAACUUCAUCCAUUAGUAACAAGGUUUUUGAGGACCAAGCAAGAGGAAUUGUUUGUUACAAAGAUGAGAAUGGGGAGAUAAUUUGCGAAGGAUUCGACGAGGGUCCUCGCGUUAAUGAACAAGAUUUAAGAAUAGCUAGCAACCAAAAAGAAAUCGAGAUCAUCGAAAUGCUUCGACGAAGUUGUUUACAAAUUGCAGAAGAAGAUGGAUUAAAGCAUGCUGCAAAGAGUUGUAUUCCUGCAAUUGAAGAUGUUGACUGGAUCGGCUUUAGAAGAUAUUAAUUAGUAUUAGCUAAAAAAUGAAAUUAAUAAGUUAGGUUGUUAGUGUGUGAUCUUGUUUUCAUAUUUCUUCAAUCUGGAAAUGUAAAUAAUCAUCUUCAUGUAAUGGAAAUAGGUUUAUUAUUGUAAGCCAGAACUUCUAAUAAGAUCAUAUGAAUCACUUUUAUC